UAUCAUUUACUUUAUAUUUAUGUGUGUGGAGGCAAUGGCAGGUGGAUAACCCUUGCUUGCCGUAGAGGCCAGUGGCUGCUGAGGUCGGUAUCCUAAGUUGAGGCAUAUUAUUGAACUUUUCCAAAUGUAUUAUAUAAACUGUAAUAUCAUAUUGUUCAUCUAUCAAUUAUACAAAUAUUCAUGUAAUUCUUUUAUUUGAAAGCAAGGAAAACAUCAAAUUUAACCACUCCUUAAAAAGGAUAAAACAAUCUAGAAAAAAAUAAGAAAUAGAAUUUGUGACUAAUUUCAGUCUCAAAAGAGAAAAUAAAAACAGCCAAAAUGACUAGUAGUCACCUCUCUGACAUCAAAACAUAAAAGUACUAUAAUUAGCCAUUGCAAGAAAAGAAGAAGAAAAUGAAGAAGGAAACAGGCUGUAGCGCUAACCUAUUAAUGCAAUGAAAUCAAACACACGAUGAACACAACAUUUUGUUAAGGGAAACGCCGGCCAAAACCUUUGGUGAUCUUAGAGGAUCACGUUUACCUCUGGAUUCCAAAAGAUGGCCGAGCCCCCUACGAGUGACGAACCAAAUAUAACCUAUUCUCUCAGUACGUCUCGGUACGGUAAUAUAGUAUGUUAUAACCAAACGAAUGAGACCCUAGUCGGAGAUUAUAGUGGAUGGCAGAGCGCAAAGUCGAUUGAAACGGCGCUUCCUUUCUUUGUAAUGCAACUACUCAUCUCUAAUUUGACCUACGGCUUAAUGUAUUCUCUGACUCGGCCGCUACAUCUUCCUCCUUUCGUCGCUCAAAUCCUUUGCGGAUUACUGUUCAGCCCGACUGUGCUUGGUAGAAACAGUAUUGUCCUCGAAAAAUUAUUUCCUUAUAGAUACACAAUGUUUAUGGAGACAUUCGCAAACUUAGCUCUCGUCUACAACAUGUUCCUCCUCGGUCUCGGUAUGGAUUUGAGGAUGAUAAGAAUCAAGCAAGUCAAGCCAAUGGUCAUAGCCAUCGUUGGCGUUGUUGUGGCUUUAUUGGCCGGUUCUGGCUUGUAUUACUUUCCCGGUAAUGGAGACCCCGACACGAUCCUCGCAGGUUGUCUCUACUGGUCGGUUGCGUUGAGUUGUACGAAUUUCCCUGACCUUGCGAGGAUUCUUGCGGAUCUCAAGCUCUUGCGUUCUGAUAUGGGACACACGGCCAUGAGUGCAUCCAUUAUUACGGAUUUGUGUACUUGGGUUCUCCUCGUUUUCGGAAACGCAUGUUUUAACAAACAAGGUGUUUGGAACGAUCUGAUGCCAUGCGCGUUAGUAUCAACCAUCGCUUUUGCCUUCUUCUGCAUCUACGUGAUUCAUCCUGGAAUCGUUUGGGCCUUCGCCAACACGGUCAAAGGAGGCCACGUUGGAGAAAAUCACGUUUGGUUCACCCUCGUAGGUGUCGUUUUCUGCGCCUUAAUCACCGACGCAUUUGGGGUCAACUCGAUAACUGGAGCUUUCCUGUUCGGUCUCUCGAUCCCUCACGACCACAUCAUCCGAAACAUGAUCGAAGAGAAGCUCCACGAUUUCCUCUCGGGCUUUCUAAUGCCUCUUUUCUACGUCAUUUGCGGGUUUAGAGUCGAUCUUGACUACUUGCUACAGAACACGACCGUUGGAGUGUUGGUGUUUGUGAUUUCUUCGUGCUUUAUGGUGAAGAUUUUUUCUACCGUCAUUUGCUCCCUCUUCUUGGGCAUGCCCUUGCGUGAUGGUUUUGCUGUUGGUGCCCUUAUGAACACCAAAGGAACUAUGGCUUUAGUCAUACUCAAUGCAGGACGUGACAGCAAGGUGUUGGACGUAAUAUUGUACACUCAUAUGACGUUUGCGUUCCUGGUGAUGUCAAUAGUGGUGCAGCCACUUUUAACCUUUACUUACACACCAAAUAAGAAAUUGACUUUCUAUAAAUACCGAACUGUUCAAAAACUCAAAGGAGAAGAAGAGUUUCGUGUGUUAACCUGUGUCCAUGUCCUCGGUAACGUUCCCGGCAUAACCAAUCUACUACAUAUUUCUAACCCGACCAAGAAAUCUCCUCUCAACAUCUAUGCAAUACACUUAGUUGAGCUAACCGGUCGCACUGAGGCUUCGUUGCUCAUAAUGCACGACGAGUCCAAACCUAAAGUUAACUUUUCGGACCGAGUCAGAGCGGAAUCCGAACAGAUCGCUGAGUUGUUCGAAGGCAUGGAAGUGAACAGCGACGCAGUGUCGGUUCAGACACUCACCGCGGUUUCACCAUACGCGACGAUGCAUGAGGAUAUUUGUACUUUGGCCCAGGAUAAACAAGUCAGCCUCAUCUUAUUGCCUUACCAUAAGAAUAUGACGCCGGACGGUCGGUUAGGCGAAGGAAACUAUGGGCACGAGGGAGUCAACCAAAACGUUUUGAGAAACGCGCCUUGUUCGGUCGGGGUAUUGGUCGACCGUGGCAUGACGACUGUUCGAUCUGAAGCUUCCUCGUUCAAUGCCGAGAUCACAAAGAAAGAAAUUGCAAUGUUAUUCAUCGGAGGCCGGGACGAUAGAGAGGCUUUGGCUUAUGCUUGGAGGAUGGUGGGACAAGAAAUGGUUAAACUCACGGUUGUGAGAUUUGUCCCGGGCAGAGACGCUUUAGUCUCGGCCGGAAAAUUAAGCGUUGAGUAUGCAAAGGAGGCACAAGUGGACGAAGAGUGCAUUUACGAGUUUAACUUCAAGACUAUGAAUGAUUCUUCGGUCACUUGUAUAGAGAAAGUGGUUAACGAUGGUCAAGAAGUGAUCGAAGCGAUUAGAGAAAUGGAAGAUAACCAUUCUUACGAUCUUUACAUUGUGGGAAGAGGGUACAAAGUAGAAACACCUGUAACUGCGGGUUUGACAGAUUGGAGUAGUAAUUCGGACUUGGGUACUAUAGGCGAUACAUUAGCUUCAUUAAACUUCACAUUGCAUGCUUCGGUUCUUGUGAUUCAACAAUACUCAGCCGCCAAUAGACGAACCUCAGAAAACCAUCAAGAACACGUUAAAGGUGGAGCGAAAACCGCUAAUGAAGCGAAAAUGAAUUCUCAUGAGGAAGAGGAUGAUGGAGAUGAACAGUAUCAAAUGGGAAUGCGCAAAUGACAAGAGUUUUUUUUUUGUUUCAUAUGAUACGAUCAGGUUUUAACCCUAUACAACUAUUUUAAGCGUACGAAGUAGUAUUUUAUGGAUUGAAUACUCAUAGACCAAUGUCACACUAUAAUUCUUGGAAAGUAUAGUUGAAGUAAAAUGAAUGUGGUUUUUUUGUUGUUUUGAAAGUAAGAAAGUAAGAAAGCAAAUGACAGAAUGUAAAUGUGAGGUGAACUUAUGAAUUGGAAUUUUUAGGUCUAGGCAAUUCUUAGAAAACAGAAAUAACGAAAAUAAUUGCUAGACAAAGAAUACAAUAAACAUCGUUAUCGAACUCAAAUUUCUUAACUAGGUUAUCAUUUUACCAAAGUGCUAAUUGAUAUUUUCAAUACGAAGACUAUAGCUCCAUCUGAAUUUGACAAUGUAAACAUGCAUUUAAAAGUUAGCUUGAUAGGUUUACAAAACACUUUAACGUCAACUCUCGCUACCUAAAAUGCUUUGAAUUCUUUUCUUACAUUUGCUCACACACUUUAGAACAUUAAACAACCUAAAAUUAUUAACUAGAUGAUUAGUGAAGAUCAAUCAUCAAAACUAAUUCAGACGAAGAAAAACGACAGAUUAUUAUUUUAACUUAUUAAUAUCAACAAUCCAUAACUUUUCUUACAAUCCUAAACU